CGCAGUCCAGCAACUACAAUUCCAUCGAGUCCACAGUACCCGAACCCUAAUAGUUAUGGAUUCCCUAAUAGCCACGGAAGUAGUGGGAACAUUACGAUGUCACCACAAUGCAUGAUGCCCAUGACACCUCCGGCUCAUAAAAGUCCAGCUUUCCAUCAACAGUCGGUAGUCCAGUCACCUCAGCAACAUCAAGCCGUUGCAUCUCCUCUUUCAUCGGGACAACAUCAUCAAAUGUUGAACCAAAGGGCCCAAGUACCGUCGGCAUUGUCAUGCCCACAGCCAGUCAAUCAUCACUCAAAUAUCAGUUUUGAUCAGGUGAGUCGCUUUUUCGGUGUGAAUCACACUGAUUUGAGGACAAACACUUAA